GCCAGAAUACCAGGGAUGCUAAGAUCCCAAGGGUACUAUAGUACAUAAACCAAUGCUACACUGGUGAGUUAAGAAGAAUAUAUACAUAUGCACAGAGCAAAAAUGAGGGUCCCUGUAUUUGAGGAUGUAAAAGAUGAAACUGAAGAGGAAAAAACAGAGGAAGAAGAAAAUGAAGAAGACAAGGUAUUCUUUAAGCCUGUGAUUGAAGAUCUGAGCAUGGAAUUGGCCAGAAAAUGCACCAAACUCAUUAGUGAUAUCCAUUAUAAAGAAGAGUAUAAAAAGUCCAAGGACAAGUGUACAUUUGUGACAGACACUCCUAUGCUAAACCAUGUAAAAAAUAUUGGUGCUUUUAUUUCUGAGGCAAAAUACAAAGGCACCAUUAAGGCAGACCUCUCCAAUUCUCUUUACAAGCAGAUGCCGGCCACAAUCGAUAGUGUCUUCGCACGAGAAGUGACACAGCUUCAGAGUGAGAUUGCCUACAAGCAGAAACACGACGCUGCCAAAGGGUUCUCAGAUUACGCCCGUAUGAGGGAGCCGCCUGCUAUCAGACACGCCACUGAGGUCAAUAAACACCAGAGUAAUAUUUCUUAUAGAAAAGAUAUGCAGGACACCCACGUGUAUAAUGCAGAGCUCAACAGACCAGACAUCAAGAUGGCUACGCAACUCUCCAAGAUCAUAAGCAAUGCAGAAUACAAGAAAGGGCAAGGAGCGAUGAAUAAAGAGCCGGCUGUAAUUGGAAGACCAGAUUUUGAACAUGCUGUUGAAGCUUCUAAACUUUCUAGUCAAAUUAAAUACAAAGAAAAAUUUGAUAAUGAAAUGAAGGAUAAGAAACAUCACUACAAUCCCCUUGAAAGUGUUUCUUUUAAGCAAAGUCAGCUUGCCACUGAACUGGCAAGUAAUGUGAAGUACAAGAAAGACAUCCAAAAUAUGCAUGAUCCAGUUUCAGAUCUCCCAAACUUGUUUUUAGACCAUGCUUUGAAAGUCAGCAAAAUGCUCAGUGGACGAGAGUACAGAAAACUUUUCGAGGAAAACAAAGGAAUGUACCAUUUUGAUGCCGAUGCUGCAGAACACGUGCACCACAAAGGCAAUGCCACUCUCCAGAGUCAGGUUAAGUACAAAGAAGGAUAUGAGAAAAAUAAGGGGAAAUCGAUGCUUGAAUUUGUUGACACACCAUCAUAUCAAGCUUCAAAGGAGGCUCAAAAGAUGCAAAGUGAGAGAGUUUACAAGGAGGAUUUUGAGAAAGAGAUUAAAGGAAGGUCGUCAAUGGAUUUAGACAAGACUCCAGAAUUUUUACAUGCAAAGUACAUCACCAACCUUCUGAAGGAGAAGGAAUAUAGAAAAGAUUUGGAAAAUGAAAUAAAAGGGAAAGGAAUGGACCUUAAUUCAGAAGUUCUUGAUAUUCAAAGAGCAAAACGAGCAUCUGAAAUGGCUAGUGAGAAAGAAUACAAGAAAGACCUGGAGUCAGAAAUUAAAGGGAAAGGAAUGCAAGUUGGCAUUGACGCCCUUGAAAUACAACAUGCCAGAAAAGCCUCAGAGAUAGCUUCACAGAAAGACUAUAAAAGAGAUCUGGAGACUGAAAUUAAAGGGAAGGGCAUGCAGGUGAGCACAGACACUCUUGAUAUCCAGAGAGCCAAGAAAGCAUCUGAAAUGGCCAGCCAGAUAGAAUAUAAGAAAGACUUGGAAAGCGAAAUCAAAGGGAAAGGGAUGCAAGUGAGUAUGGACAUUCCAGACAUGCUUCGAGCCAAGAGGGCAUCCGAAAUCUAUAGCCAGAAAAAGUAUAAAGAUGCAGCAGAGAAGAUGCUUUCUAACUAUUCUACUGUGGCAGAUACUCCUGAAAUUCAGAGAAUUAAGACAACUCAACAAAACAUCAGUGCAGUGAAAUACAAAGAAGAGAUAAAACAUGCAACAGCCAUUUCUGAUCCUCCAGAGCUAAAGCGAGUUAAAGAAAACCAGAAGAAUAUCAGCAAUUUUCAGUACAAAGAGCAGUGCUACCGGGCCACACCCGUGAGCAUGACCCCGGAGAUAGAAAGAGUGAGGAGGAACCAGGAGCAGCUGAGUACGGUAAAGUACAAAGGAGAGAUUAAGCAGGCCACCGCAAUUUCGGAUCCACCAGAGCUGAAGAGAGUUAAAGAGAAUCAGAGGAAUAUCAGCAAUGUUUAUUAUAAAGGUCAGCUGGGAAGAGCUACGGCUCUAAGUGUAACUCCUGAAAUGGAAAGAGUAAAGAAGAAUCAAGAGAAUAUUAGUUCGGUAAAAUAUACCCAGGACCAUAAACAGAUGAAAGGCAGACCAAGUCUGAUUUUAGACACACCUGGUCUGCGGCAUGUCAAAGAAGCACAAAAUCAUAUUUCAAUGGUAAAAUACCAUGAAGAUUUUGAAAAGACAAAGGGGAGGGGCUUUACUCCUGUCGUGGAUGACCCGGUGACAGAGCGAGUGAGGAAGAAUACCCAGGUCAUCAGCGAUGCCGCUUACAAAGGCGUCCAUCCUCACAUUGUGGAGAUGGACAGAAGACCUGGAAUCAUAGUGGACCUCAAAGUUUGGCGCACAGAUCCUGGCUCUAUCUUCGACAUUGACCCUCUAGAAGACAACAUUCAGUCUAGGAGUCUACAUAUGCUCUCUGAAAAGGCAAGUCACUAUAGGAGACAGCGGUCUCGGUCUCACUCGAGCAGUACCUUCGGUACCGUUUUGGGAGAUGACAAGUCAGAAAUGUCCGAGGUUUACCCUAGCUUUUCCUGCUGCAGUGAGGUAACGAGGCUGUCUGAUGAAGGAGCACCUGUUCUUCCUGGAGCCUACCAGCAAAGCCAUUCCCAAGGCUAUGGGUACAUGCACCAGACCAGCCUGUCUUCCAUGAGGUCAAUGCAGCAUUCACCAAAUCUAAGGACCUACCGAGCCAUGUAUGAUUACAGUGCCCAGGAUGAAGAUGAAGUCUCCUUCAGGGACGGCGACUACAUCGUCAACGUGCAGCCCAUUGAUGACGGCUGGAUGUACGGCACAGUGCAGAGAACUGGGAAAACCGGGAUGCUCCCAGCAAAUUACAUUGAGUUUGUUAAUUAGUUAUUUCUCCUUGCCCUUUGAGCUUUAUUCUAAUGUACACUUAAACCUAAUCUUUUUAAAAGAUAGAAGAUACUUUUAAGACAACUUGGCAGUUAUUUUACAAUAAUUUAUCCUUACUUUGACAAUUAGGCACACAGGUACCAGAAAGAAGGAAUGAUUUCUGGGCUGCAAGCAGCAGCAGUGUUAGUAAUUCCUGCAAACAAAACACCGCGGUCUGGAGACCUGGUGCUGCUAAUUGUUACUGGUUUCUUUUGAUUGGCUACUGAACCCUUCUGGGAAAUGUAUUUUUGUAGACUUUAAUAGAGAUGUUGAUUGUCCUGUAAAUGUAACAAGUAUAUGAAACUUCUUAGCUGUCACUUUGGAAUCACCAGAAGCCAAUUCUCUUAAUUUAGUAACACCGUUUAGCUGUGGAGUCAUUAGGCAAUUUCCAAUUCCAGUGAAAAAUUGCCUAAUAUAAUAAAUGUUAGCAGUGGCAGAAUGACAGUUUGGUUAAAAUUGCAUUGACUGGUGGCCUUAGGGACCUGGAAACUUCUACUGAACAAAGAAACUUUUUUGUUUCCUUGGCCAACUUAAGUCUAUUUAUUUCUCACUUGUACCAAGGCAUAUACUACCCCGCCAUUUGCAUUCUGUGGGCCCAAGUGUGUGCUUGCUUCCACAGAAUGUCAGGACCAAAUAACUUCACAGGUACUCUGCAAAGGGCAAAUUUAAGGUCAUCUAUAUUAUUUCCCUAAUAGCCUUCACCCUGUUGCAUGACAUGUAGGUCCAAGCUUCUGUAUCAUAGGCAGCUGCACUGCCCAUUGCUCUUACUAAAGCAAAAGUGUGGCUGAUCUCUAACAGCCCUUCCUCUAGUUGCCAGCUCAUCAGAAAAACGUAUUUUGAAAAGUUGCUUGAGAUUCUCCUGCUGCAUUGCACUCUAGUUUUGGAGGAUUUACACCUUAGGAAAUAGAUGUAUACUCUAGUAAAUAAGCGAUUUAGGUGUUUAUCGAACAGCUUUUAUCAAUUUAAUGCCGCUGUUGAUUUAAAAAUUAAGAAAAUUUAACAGGAGCCAGUGACAAAGUGGGACAUGAAGUGGGCUGGAGGAAACCAGUGAGUGAAAACUACUAACUCUACAUACAGAGAGAAGGUCUGGCUUCUUAUUUUGGAAAUGGUACUCAGGUUCUGGAAUGGAAAUCCAGCUGAUGAAACUGGUUGAUGAAAGGAUUUUCUUUUCACUUUCUGUUUCUCGUUAUCUGAAUCACAUUCAGGAGGUGAGAGAGGAAUGUUGUCAGAGAUUUCAGCUGCAGGCCCAACAGGUUGUGCAUGGGAAAUGAAAUUGUUCCGACUUUCAAACAAGUGACCUUGCAGUUUCUUGCUGGAUUCACAGCCCUGACUGCAGCUGUUACUGGCAGGUCGUGACUUUCAAUUGAUUCCUCCGUCUAGACCACCUGAGGGAUUAUCAUCCAUCAGCAACUGUGUUUUUCUGAUUGUGCCACUCACUGGGACACGCAACGGGGUAGCAUUCAUGUAGGACCUGACUUUAUAGUUGAGACAAAACUGAAAAAACAAAGUUACAAACAUGUGACAAAGUGUAUGGCUCUUGUAUGAUAUCAUAUCCUUACAUGAUAUAAUCAAAGAAAUUAGCGAAACAUUUUCUAAAAAUAUCUUUUACUGAAAUGUUCAUCAACCCAAAGGCAAAGUUAAUUCAUUAACAUCUUUGAAAGGUUGGCAAAUACUUUUGAAUAUCUGUAAUUUCAUUCUAUCUGUCUGAGUAAAUAAAAUAAAAUUUAUUGCAUGCAAGCUUCACCUACAUGACAGCGCCAUAAAAUUGAAAAGAAAAAAAUUCAGGCAAAUAACAAGAGAGGUUUUUUUUUUUUGAGUGAGCUUUAUGGAUUACCAAAUAACCAGCUUGACUGAGUUUUCUUUAUUGGAAUGACCAGUCAUGAUUAAAUUGAUUAAACCCUAUAUCAGUUUUGAUGUCCUGUACAAAAACAUACAGACGAACCGAACUUGCAGUAUUCUUGCAAAAAUUUGUUUGUUAAAAUUGAGGGAAAUAAGCUUGCUCAAUUUUAUGAUAUUGUUAAUUAAGUAAAUAUUUACAUUUCAUCCAGACUUCUUCUUGUGAUUAUAAAAAAGGAGUAGUUAUUGAUUCAAUUUGUAGACUAGCACAUGUAGGACAGAUACCAUUUUUGAUAAGUAGCACAUUUAUAGGAAACUGACUGAAAAUGAUGGUUGUAAUGGGGGAAAGUUACCAGAAAGCAGCAGCUUGGUGUUUCAUUGUUUUUAUCAUCCACUAAUUUCAAAAUCAGAUUCAUUGAAUGUAAAAGUCAACACUUAUUUGGGGAAUAAUUCUCCUGAAAUUGUAAGCUUUACGUAAUGUUUGCAUAGCAAGAUGUUUCUGCUUCUAGCCUUUAGAGAUAAAGAUCUGAUCAGGAUUUCACUAGAGGACAGUUAUUUUACCAUAAAGACUGAGGAAGGAUAAGAUGUCACAUGCCCCUAACCCUCUAACUGUAUAGUGUUGUCAUUGUUCCAAAAGCUUGUUAGGAUAUUAAACAUCUCAGCAGAAACUGAGGAAACAUAUGUUUAAUACCAAAGUGCUAUUUUUACAGCAUCAUUUUCCAAACUACAUUCUUGAGCAGCUUUUCCCCCUUCAACACACCCCCUGCCCACCUUCAACUUGGCAAGAGGUAUCUCAUACAUAAUGAUGACAGCUAAACAAGAGUCUAAAAACCACAUUUUUAAAAUUCAAGUUACAGAAGACCACGAGUGCCCGAGCACAGAGAGCACACACCUGAUUUUCCGCAUUUGAUGCUCUCCAGCCGGAUAAAAGCACAAGGGCAGUGUGAUAUGCUUUUCAAGACUUCAGAAACGAAAGUGUACACGAAUCACGUAUCUCGGGAGAAAAGCAUAGCAACAGAAUAUAGUGCUUUUGUGUAAGUGUUUGUAGUAAAUGUUUUUCCUAAUUCUUGGUCUCUAGGAAAGCUUUCUGUCUCUCACCUGUGGCAAAAUGACUUCUUUGGGUCUUCUUGUUAUCAUUUACACGUUGGCAGCCUAGCCCAGAUCUGAAACAUUUUAUCUGAUUGUCAGAUGCCCCCGCCUCUCCCCAAGCCUCCCGCACCUCCAGACACCACACUGGUAUUUGCAAGCACAAUUUCCAAGAGCACCUUGUAUGAAGAUGGAUGAGACCAGCCCAGCCCCCCUCUUGCCACUAGGUCCAUUGCUUGAAGAUGACGAAGAUACAGUUUAGCCAGUUUUGCCACAGUCUGUCUUUCUUGAUCCUCUAUGUGGAAUGCAACAGUGCUGUGGGGGUGGGGGCGGGG